AUGGUCCCGUGCGCCCAGGGUCGCGUCAUCGUCGAAACGGCGCGUCCGGCGCUUCCGUAUUUCGCCACGUGUACCAGUUAUCGUCGACAAGUGGCGAUAACCAGCACCCCGAUCGAGAUAGCCAGUAUAUCUGGUACGUUCUCGAGUACCACACAGACCGAUCAACAGUCAACGGGUUCUGGCAGCAACAGAGGCGCCAUCAGUAAGAUCCCGAUGCUUCCGGCUCACAGUACCGCGGCCAGACCAGAAGACCUCGGCGUAACGCCCUGGUACCUCGAGGAUUACCCUACCAUAGAUUCCUCGCCGGGGCCCAUGGGCGAUCGGAGCUCGUAUCCCUCGUACUCGCACAUGGACACGGAAAUGAAGCCGGAAAGCACGUCCACGAGGAAUAGCAGCAUCGACAGCGAGAUACCACGACCUGGUCCAGUGAGUACCGCACCUAGGAAGGCGUACAUGGAUCUGAGAGACGCCAUCGCUCUGCUGGACGAAACCUGCCCGAACCAGGAGCUCAGUCCGUCCCUCACGCCAAGAACACCCAGGACCCCGUUAACGCCACACCCGAGGAAUAAACGGGCGCGAUCUAAGAGCAGCGACAACUCAUCGAACUAUAGCAGCGAGAAAUUAAACGAUCGAUCGUUCGAGAAAGAGGGUAAGGAGAAGAAGAGACCGUUUUUGAAGAAGAUCGGCAUCUCGAAGACGGAGGACAAGCCGUUCCUGGCGAAGCUUGCGCCUAAGAUAACGGGCAAGCCUUACUUGGAGAAAAUCGGGCCUAGCAAGGCGGUGGAGAAACCUUUCUUGGACAAAAUUGGCUCGUCGAAGACGUUGGAUAAAUUUAUAUUCGAUACUCCGCGUUACGAAAGGUGGAGCGUUAAGAAUGAAACGUGUGUGGAGGAAACAACGGCGAAGACCGAGGAAACGAAGAAGACGGAAGAGAGAAGGGUUCAGAAGAACAUGAGAGUGGAGCAAUCGUUUGACGUUCAACGUAGAAGGUCUGCUAAAGGUCCUUUGUUGAAGAUGUAUUCGUUCGAAACCGAAGAUCUAGAAUCGACUGUGCAAGUAAAGGAACUUCGUGAUCCUCUCAGAGGUGCUUCUUUGGACGAUGUCCUAGACUCCGGGCCUAGCUCUUUGCCAUUGGAUACUACCACUACGACGGAAGAGUCGCCUAAAUUGGAAACAAAGGAACGGGCUAGCAAUGGUGCUGAAUUGCUCAUGUGUCGUGUUACAACUAGCGAGGAAAUCAUUUUUACUAACGCAAGUGUCAGUUCUGAUAAAGAACUUAAUAGCUGGGACAAUUCACCAAGAAAAAGAUGGUUGCUGAAGAGAGAUCCAUCGACACCAAGAACACCUACUCAUCGAAAGGUGAUCCAGAGCUCCCAGACCGUUGAACAGACGCAAGAUAGCGUUCCCAAUUCGCCAGUGAAACGUCCAAUCUCAUCUGUUCUGCCAGAUCAAAAUGAAUCACAAGCUGACUCUUCGGAGAAAAAUAUUUAUUCGCCAAUGAAGACCAGAAGACAGACGUACGAGGACCUGCUGGACAGGGAUGGCAAGGAUCAGGGUGAAAAACCUAGCAAACAGGCGCAAUUUGAGAGAAGAGGCAUUUCUUCGGAUAAUCUUUUGUCCAAGGAUCGCUCUAUCGCUUCUGUUGGAUACCAAGAAAGAGACCAGGUCGAAAAAACUAGGGAAGCAUCGUCAGAGGAUUCUCUGGCGCAUAGAAUAGGUCAGGAGUAUUCCAGAGAAACGUUCAAACAGCUUCAGGAUAAGUUUAAGUAUCAUGAAAUUCCUACUGAAACGUACGCAGACUUCAAAAGACGCACAAGAGGCAAUGUUCAGAGCAUAAUUGGAAGGCAACAGGAACGACUAAAAGCGAAUAACAUCGUACCAGAUGCUCGUGACAAAAGUCCCAAGGAUCUUACAUCAAAAACGGAUGAAGCGUCAAAGUCAGUAAGUUCGACUCCCGCUAAGAUGGAAACAAAUUCGACUUCGGAAAGCAAGAACGAAGUGGUACGAGUCCAUGGAGGUACAGUUAGGUCUGUACUGAAGAAACAACAGGGAAUAGAUCACCCUAGUGAUCAAGACUCGGAUACUAAUUCAUCCAUAAGGCGACCAAAGAGAAGAAUCUUCCACGAGCCGUCACAAGAGACGAUGGACUUGCUGACUGAGCUAAGAAAGGUGAAGAGUUUGCUAAAGACGCCGUCAUGGGAGAAAGAGGAUCUUGAACUGGAUAAAAAACCAGUUCGACAGCCUAAGCGUAUUCUGUUGACUGACAAGGAAUUCUGUCUGUCUGUUGAACGGGAAAAUAGUAUUCGCCGUCCAUCGAGGGUGAUAAAUUCCCUAGAAAGAACAGAGGAAGGACAGCUUGAUAGGAAGCAAGAGGAAGAUCGGCAAAAAGAGAAGGAGAAAGAGGAAGAAACGAAGGAGUCCGAUGGAGGAAUUCCUGGCCCGGCUCUGUUUGAGAAGAAGUGUUUGUCGUUGGACUAUGCCGACGAGGAAAAACCACAGAAACCAGAAACUAGAGCUAUUUCUUUGGCUUCUGCCAGGAAUUUGCGUUCGGAGGUUGAGGAAGCGGUCGAUUACUCGGAUGUAGCGUUGAUAUGCGACUCCAAAAGCUAUACCUCCGAUGUUUUCAACACUCCAUCGGAUGAAACUAACGAGAAAGAGCGCGGUAGUGACUCGGAGAAAAACGUUCCGAAGAAUAUGAGCCAGAAUCACUGCGCUGAAGUCGAUAUCGCUAUUCCUAUCGAUCAAAAGGCAAGCAGUCCAAAGGGUAGGGUUCAGAUUCAGGGUAGGACUAGCGAUCUUUACGAGAUCAUAUCCCCGAGAUCAACGCCAUUCCGAAUACAAAAGCGACUCGGGAAGAUCUCUGUCGAGGAGACGGUCAAGCCGGAGAGUUUCACCCUAGGUUCUAAGGUCGACUGCCGAUCCACCGUUGCCCAGAAACGGACCAAGUGCUUCCCUUUAUAACGCACGCCGACCUGCCAGUGGGCGAAACGCUCUCUGACGACGUCCUAUGUUUGGCGUUCACUCUGAACGAAAUUCGAGCCGAGAAUAAUGGCAAAUCUGUUGGUCGUAUCGUUUAACUCUUCUGAUAAAGAUCGAUGGUGAGAUUGAUUCUGGAGACGAAUUGUAAUAUGGGUGGCUGUAGACUGCUUUCGAAUCCAUCUUCGGUACUCGAGUACUGUUUCUUCGCCGUUUAAACAAAUCUCUCUUUUUUAACAGUGAUCAUAAUGACAAUAGGUUGUUCCGGGAUUGGAAGAUGAUCAUUUGUGAGGAAUUUCUGAAUUCUGACAAGUGCUUCUGGUUAUUGAUCGUUAGAUGCAGCGAUUCCGCGGUUGUUAAGAAUAAAUUUAAUUUGAUAAAUAACAAAUGUGUUAUAAAAAAUUAAACGAUGAGUAUCAGGAGGGUUAACAUGACCUGGUGUACUGCCACGCCCUUAUCUCGCUCUCAAUUUCCAUCAGGGCGAAAAUAGCAAUCAACAUUCGCAGUUGUUCUUGGGGAUAAUCAUACGAACUUAAAUCCGACUCUCGUUUCUUUUUCCUUUCUUCUUUUACUAACAAACACAAUCAAAAAGUACAUAAACAGGACGAUAAUAUUUCCUAAGAAACUAUCGAGAAGAACUUAUCUAAAUUUUUGAUUUUCAAUAAAGUUAUGAUUUUCGGAACGUCCAUUUUCUCCAAGAUGCAAGCGAUUAGAGAUGGAGAGAAUUUCCUUAAAGCUCGAGAGUCGUCAGUGCUUCACACUUACGCAGAUAAUAUUCUAAAAACGCAUCCCGACCACUUUUUACCCGACGUUUCGCGAUAGGAAACGGCUCGAAGAAGCUCGACAGAUCGACGCGAAAUUUUCCACGCAGUGUAUUAUAUCCGAACAUCCGACAACGACGAAAAAACGGUGUCGCGCGCACACUUCCGCCUGUCGAGCAGUGCCUUGUUCGUGGAUAUAUUUAUUUAGACAAAAAUGAGAAAAAACAAAAAAACGAAGAAAAGAUUAAGCGAAAGAAUUACGAAGAAUCCUAUCGAACGAUAAUUAAGUGAAAAUGAAGAAAAAAAGAGAAAAAAAUCACAAAAAAAAAUAUAUAUAUAUAUAUAAUAUAUAUUCCGACUGCGGGCCGGAUUUUCUGAAUGGGUCCAUGGAGUUGUGCUUUCGAUUACGCGCAUCACGAAUGUUCUUCGACGAAUUUUUCAGAAAAAGAAAACUUUCACUAAGCUUCCGAAAUUAUAUAGGAAAGCGGAAUGACAUAGAAACGCGAAUUUGUACUCUUUUCAAAAAUCUAUUUGGAUCAAAAACUUCGUUCAAGUUAGUUAUGUUACUUGAAUUCAACGGAUUAGUAAUAAGACUUUAAGUUUGAAUUCAUACAAGUCGAGUUGCGUAACUUUCAAUUCGAUAAUUUGACUUUAAGGGAAUAUUUCUAAUGGAAUAUAGAGGAGGAAACAGUCGUGUAUGUAAAUGAAACGUUAAUUAUAUAAUUAUAAACAUAAUUUUUGAAAUCCAUAUAAUUGUAAACGUAAUUUGUAAUUUAUCCUGUGAUGUAUAUUGUAUAACGUAACGCAAAAUCAUCUCAAUGGAGAUUAAAGCUGUCCUAAUAAGAAGAAAGUAAAUGGUAUAAAAUCUCGCGUCCGCGAAGCAGCGAGGAAUUCGUUUUACUCGAAUUUGAAUUGUUUGAACGUAGGUAACUCGGCUAAUCUGAACGAAGUUAAAAGGACGAUCGUGAACAGAAGAGACUAGGAAAUCUCGCGAGAGAGUGCAACUCCCACGCUUGCCAAGCCUAUUCCCUGUUCGGCGAAGCGCGUGACGUUUUAACGACGUAAAGAAAAACAUAAUAUAUUAUAUUGUAUCGGAGAAUAACAGAUUGUUACGUUCCUCUUAUAAUUUUCUAGAGGUAGAUAGGAUUGAUAAACAACACUCAAUGGAAUAAUACGGAAAGUAAAGAAUAAAUGUAGAUAUAUAAAUAUAAAUAUAUAUAUAUAUAUAUAUAUAUACACAGGCAAAAACUACAAUGACACGUAAGGAAAAAAAAAGGAAAAAAUGGUACAUACUAUCGUUACUCCGAUGGAAUAUUUGUACGUAUUCUAUAUACUAUAUAUAUUAUAUAUAUGACUAUUAGAGACUAAAGCGAGUUGGUAUAUAUGUAUAUAUAUACUUGCCACGUGGUGUAUACGCGUAUGUAUAUAUAAAUAUAUAUAUAGAAGCGUAUGUGUACCUAAAUAGGUGUACUUGUACGGAUCCUAUAGUUGACGAAAUGUGCCAAACAAAGAUACGAUUUAUUGUAUGUUAUGGAGUUACUUUUAUAUACAUAUAUUUAUACAGAGGGUUUACGUAAAGUAUAUAAAACCCCGAAUUGAAGAUUCUUAACGUAUUCUAAGUGUAGAGAAACUCUGUCAAUGUGGUACGCGGCGUGAAAUACGUCGCGCCCUUCUGUUUAACCGAUGUACAGGAUGGUCCACUUAUUACGAUCGUUUCAAAUAUCCCUUUUAUAUUUAAGGAGAGAAAGGAGAAAUAUCCAUAAUACCGAUAAUACCAAUAGGCUGAAAAGUUAUUUGAAAUAUAAUUUACAAAAGGUACGAUCUAUCGCAAUUAAAUAUUCAUAUAGAAAUUCUUAAUUUCCACGUUUGUAAUUCAAUGUGAAAUUUUAAGCGAUUAACGCCAUACGAUUAUAUUAACACUGAACGAUUAAUUUAUUUACGGUAAUUGUUAAACAUUGCUUUUCUCAUUAAAAAAACUGCAACCAUCGAUAAUAAAAGAUAAUAGGGUCUUUUUCAAUAAACUGGUAAAAUUCUAGCUACAGAGUAUCAACCACGAGAAAGUUCAAAUUACAGCCAAUUUUAAUCGACGAAUGGACUCGCGCAAACCUAAGUUCAUCUCACGAGACAUUUGUCUUC